AUGGCCACGAAACAAGCGCAGGGCGUGAUGAAGAAGGAAGAAGACAAGAAGGAGGCACAUUCAGGAACGACGGCAACGAGGGAGCAACAGUGGCGAGGGCUCUUGGCCGAUACGACGGUGGGGCAGUUUCUGCAGGCCAGGGACUCCUCGGGCGCCAAGAAGGCGCCGCAGGGCAGCAACACGAACGAACCGUCCUUUUCCUCGUCGCUGCCCUCCUCGCGUCACGUCGUCACCCUCUCCUCCACCGCCACCGUCGCCCACGCCCUACAGUUUCAUCUUUUGCUCUCGUUGCUCACCUAUGUGAACGUCAAGACCCUGGCCCAGCAUCGCAUCCUCUCCGCUCCCGUGAUGGACGCCACAACCCUCCACUUCAUCGGGUUGGUGGACGUGCUGGACAUUGCCGGGUUCCUGCUGCACGACGUGGCCAAGGACGAGGCCGACCUCAACCUGAUCAUGUUCACCGGCCUGCCGUCCCUCAACCACCCCAUCUCCAAUGCCAUCAACUUCUCGUUGCUCGACCGGCCCGUGCCGAUCAAAGAAAACGACAGCCUGCUCAGCGUGGUCCGGACCAUGUGCAAUCCCAAGGGGAGUAUCAAAGUGCACCGGCUGCCCGUGUUCGAUGACGAGGGCAACAUCGUCAAUGUCAUCUCCCAGUCGGACGUGAUUGCGUGGUACGCGAAGAACAUGGACAAGCUGCCCGAGCUCUGCCAGCGAACCCUCGAGUUGGCGCACGCGGUGAUCUCGGUGAGGAACACGGCCAGAUUCGCCGAUGCCCUGUCCAUCCUCUUCGAGAACCGGGUGAGCGGAGUGGCCGUACUCGCGCAGAGCAAGCUGGUUGGCAACAUCUCGGCCUCCGACCUUCGGGGAUUUGGCGGGACCGACUUCGACAUCUCCAUGUUCAACCGCCCAGUCCAGCAGAUGCUCGACAAGAUCAGCGCUAAAGACGGACCCAAGGCGCCCGUGAGCUGCACCCUCGACUCCACGCUGCAGCAGGCCAUAUCUCUGGUAGCGACCAACAGGACGCAUCGGGUGUACGUGGUGGACGAAGAGAACAGAGCUAUAGGAGUUAUAACACUGAGCGACGUGCUGCGGGCGCUGCUGCCGCCCAAGUCACCAGACGACCGACCGACCCAGGCGGAGCUCGCUGCGGCAGCCACCGGCGGGGCCAUCGGGGACUUGGCCACUCAGGCCCACCAGCAGCCGCCCAAGCCCGUCUUCACCAGUCGACGAGGGAGCACCGGCGCCUCGCCCACAGCAUCACCCACGGCGCGCCGGACGCGGGGAGUGGAGGCCAACAACCGGAAGAGGAAAGGAUCGAUACCGUCCCUGCAGCUGAUCGACGAAGACGACGGCGAGGUGCUGACCACAGAGCCCGUCGUCACACCAGCGCAGGCGGCGUCCGGCGACGCAGCCGCCGAGCUGCACGAGGACAAGAAGCGAAGGGUGGAGGAAUGA